CUGGACUUGAGGUAUGUCAAAUCAUCGGGCAUAGAACCGGCGACAAAAGUGUGUGAAAGCGAGAAGAUGCUAUAAAGGCACACUGGUAAACGCAAAGCGCACUUUCUUCUGAACACCAGUGCACCUUCCAUCCUAGAGCAGACUAGCCUUUUCCUUGAUCCAAAUCAUCCUAUACUAUCCAACAGACCAGUACUGUAUCACCAACACGCCGAUCAUGACUUCGCAGACUCCAGUCUGGUUCAUCACUGCGGCCUCGAGUGGCUUCGGCAAGUUCAUGGCUCUGGAGGCUCUCGAGAGAGGCCACAAGGUCAUCGCCAGCGCGCGCAGCACGUCGCGCAUCGCCGACCUGAAAGAGAAGGGGGCCGUGACCGUGACACUUGACGUGACGGCGCCACAAGCAGAAAUCGAGAAGGUUGCGAAGGCAGCAAACGAGCAGUAUGGGUAUAUCAAUCACUUAGUCAAUGCAGCUGGCUACAUCCUAGUCGGUGCAGUCGAAGAGACCUCGCCCCAAGAAGACUUCAAUCAAUUCAAUACCAACGUCUUCGGCAUGCUCAACGUUUCCAAGGCCUUCCUGCCCUACCUCCGCGCCACCUCUGGCCACCGCACCAUCUCCAACUUCGGCAGUGUUGGCUCCUGGCGUGGCGGUGCAGGCUUUGGUCUGUAUUCUGGCACCAAGUGGGCGUGUAGUGGCAUCUCCGAGGCUAUGAGCGCUGAGCUUGCCCCGCUGGGUAUUGCUGUGACCGUGGUGGAGCCGGGGUACUUCCGCACUGGCUUCCUCAAUGCGGGCAGCCAAAUCAAGAGCGAGAAGAGGAUUAAGGAGUACGACGCGACAGCCGUUGGUAAGAUCAGGGCAAGGUUAGACGAGAUCGACAACAACCAGCCGGGUGACAUCGUGAAGGGCUCCAGGGUGAUAGUUGAUAUCCUGACGAAGAGCGGCGCUGCUGAGGGAAAAGAGGUUCCGAUUCGUGUGGCGCUUGGUUCAGACUGUUCGAGAGGUAUCCGGGAGAAGAUUGAUGACACCCUCAAGUUGUUGGAGGAGUGGGAUCCGAUCACGACGAAGACGGAUCAUGACUGAGUACCUCCAAGGUCUGACAUAUCCG